AUGUCUGCUCUGUUUGACUUCCAGUCUUUCCUGACGGUGGUGCUGCUCUUCAUAUGCACCUGCACCUACUACAAGCUCAUUUACCCAGGCGGCCUGGUUCAGACGACGGGGUUCAAGGGCCUGUUUUGGAAGGCGGCUCGGAUAGGGGAACGGCUAAGCCCCUGGGUGUCUAUCGCCUGCAUUGCUAUGGGCCUGUCCAUCCUCUUCACCUGA